AUGGGCGAACUCACUUGGCAGGCUGCCGCUGCGGCCAACAUCCUUGAGGCGAGGAAACGGAAUGGAAGAAUUGCCAGCAAGAAGUCGAGAUCAGGAUGCACUACCUGCAAAUCCCGCAGGAUAAAAUGUGACGAGACUCAUCCUGAAUGCCGGAAUUGCAUCAACGGUGGUAGGACAUGUGGCGGGUACAUGAAUAGGGCGUCUCCCAUCACGAUCAGCAAGACGAGUCGCUCUCUCAUCGGCCAACGGCUGUCCCAAACACUUGGAUUGCAAGAAAACGAACGACGAACUUUCGACUAUUUCCUCUCAUGGACGGCCCCUCGUAUGGCCGGGGCUCUGGACAAGGACUUUUGGUGCGGUCAAGUCCUCCAGGUCGCUCAGUCCGAGCCCAUCGUUCUGGAUGCUCUUCUUGCGAUUUCCAUUCUCUACGAACAUCCACAAUUCAUGAAAAGCUUCUACCCUCCCGGAGACCCAGAGAUAUCGACAGAUCCCAAGUUUCAGAAUGGCGUGGUCAAUAUUGCACACCCGGCGUUCUCAAAACCACCAAUAGACGAAUUUCAUGUGACUGCUUUGAUGCACUACAACCGUGCCAUCAGCCGGUUCAAGGAGCGGAUGGACGAAGGGACAGCGACUCCUCUACUGGCCUUGCUUACGUGCACGCUCUUUAUAUGUACAGAGGUCAUUCGUGAUCAUGUCUUUGGAGCGUUGGGGCUCUUCACCCAAGGCAUCAAGCUUUUAAGCCAAUACGAACCCAAUGGUGACACAGACACUGCCUUGUUUCUGAAUCUGAGGCUCAUGUUUGCUCGAUUCGGUCUGCAAACGGCACUUUUUGGCCAUUCUGGAAGAGUCGAAGUUCCGGCUGAUCUCACCGAUGUCAAUACGGAGGAAGGCUUCAGCGAUAUCCUCCACGCACGCACGUCACUAUACGCGUUGACAACCGAGGUCCAUGAUUGUAUUCGCGCAGCCGCAGAAUUCAGCGUUGGACCUGGCGCCAAUCUCCCACCUACCAAUUUCGUCGAUGAUUAUCCCACAAGAGCAGUACGACCAGGCGAUGUUGUAGGCAUCAACAAGGGCGUUAGUCGGCUGUAUUAUGGCUGCGUGGACGACUCGGCCGUAGCGACCGACAUGGGAUUGAAGAAUGGAUCUGGAGCCGUGCGGAUGCCACCACCUGACUAUUCUACGCCUAUCAGCCCAUCGGAUGAGAUACUUGGACGGCAAUCGACUCUACGAGAACGACUUUUGCAAUGGCACGACGCUUUCAAGAAGACGCCAUUCUGCCAGGUCGAAGACGAGACAAACGCCAAUCUACUAAUGCAGUGCCACAUCUUCAUGGUUUGGCUCGAUGCUUGCCUCUCGCCCUUCGAGAUGGCUUUUGAUCAGUUUGCAGAAAAGUUUGAAGAGAUCCUGCGCCUAGCAGACAUCUUUACGAGAUGCAAGCCUGAUAGACCGACAUUUACUCUGGAAGCUGGUGUAAUGCCACAUCUUUAUUUCGUCGCAACCAAGUGCCGUGUUCCUUCACUGCGUAGGAGAGCUGUCGAGCUUAUGCACAAAGCCCCCUUGAAAGAGUCCAUGCACGGCGCUACCUCAGUCGCCGAAUUCGUCAAUCGCAUCAUUGCCAUUGAGGAAGAAGACCUCUACUCAUAUCCCACCCCGCCUGGGUCUUCCCGAAACGCCAGUCAAUCUCCGCCCAUCGAUGACUCCAUCCUGCCCGCUGAAUCAAAGAGAGUUCAAAAUCUCGAGAUCUUGAUGAAUGAGCCUGCCAGUCGUUUCGAGAUCCGUGUUACUCGUCAUUCGUAUGAUGCGGCCGGCCGGCGCACCAAGUUGGUUGAGGACUAUCCGGUAUGA